GCCAGCUAAGCAAUAAUCAUCGAGUGAGUUGACGAAAUGCCAGUAAAAUAUCUUCAGUUAAUUCAGUUGUGCAUUGUGGUUUACCUCAGUCUGGCUGCUGAUGCUGAUGAGGAGGAGGACCUCAAAGCAUCCCGCAUCAAUGGUGGUCAGUUGAUGAACAAAACGGUUCCUUUUCAAGUGUCGCUCCAAAUGCAUCGACGGGGCGGAUGGCGUCACUUUUGCAGCGGCUCCAUAAUCAGUAAGAUGCAUGUUGUGACUGCGGCGCAUUGUGUGGAGAAGAUGGAGCUGGAGAGACUGAGUGUUUUGGCUGGAACGCUCAACUGGAAGACGGGUGGGCAACGGCACAAGAUUGUGAGCAAACAUGUGCAUCCGCAAUACGCAAUGAUGCCACGCAUUAUCAAUGACAUUGCGGUGCUAAAGGUGAGUCCACCGUUCGGAUUGCAUCUCGCUGAGAUCAGCACCAUACACUUGGGUGAUGCCGAUCGUGUUGGCGGCAAAACGCCAGUUCGUCUCACUGGCUGGGGAUCGACAACGCCGAACAGCACUGGGGCCAAGGUGCCGGACCGGCUGCAGGUGCUUCACUAUCAGACCAUCUCGAAUGAGGAAUGCGUACAGAAAGGGUUUCGCGUCACACCGAACGAGAUCUGCGCUUUGGCCCCACAUGGCCAAGGCGCCUGCAUGGGUGACUCUGGUGGUCCACUGAUCUUGUCAAACGGGCGAGAGCAAUUGGCUGGCAUCGUGUCCUAUGGUAGCGCCACCUGUGCCCAGGGCAAACCCGAUGUCUAUACGCGAGUCUCCAGUUUUCUGCCCUAUAUAAGCAAAGUCCUUAACCAGGACUUGACCCCACAACCUCAACAAACAGCGCAAAACUAAUAAAUUCUUUGUGGUUUACAUUUUAGUUGCUUUUUUUUUUGGCCGGCUAAUUAAAAAUCUUGUUCAAUAUUCGCCACAGUCGGAGUCUGACUGCAGUACAGCUGGGCAUCUUCAUCGGCCUAGGCUUAGGUCUUGCCUCCUCUGCUCUGCUCUGGCUUGGCUCCAGCUUUGGCCUGCACUCCGUAGACCAUGAUAAAUGCAAAAAGCAAUUUAUCGCACAUUUAACUCAAUUCAGUUUCUUUAUGGGCAGCCAAAGGCCCAAACUCAAGCCCAGACCGAGACCCACACUCAAACUCAGACUCUGCCUCAAAGCAACACUCAAAUGCAGAUGCAGGCGGUGGGGUGGGGUGGCCAGUUUGGCUGGGGCAAGCCUGCCAGCCAGACAAAGUUUAGCUGACACGCACACUACCCAUUCACUCACACACUGAGCAGCCUCGAGCGCGGCAUGCAGCAUGCUGCAAGCUGGAUUGCGGACUGUGGUCCGUGCACCGUGGCGUGGCACAGCGCUUGUAAUUCGAUAUUAGAUUUUAUGUGCGACAAAUACGAAGUGCAAACAUUUUUAUGUUUCUUCAAUUUCUAUGCUGCAUUCGUAUUUGUAGUGGAAAAAAUUGGAAGAUGCACCCCAGCAACGUUCCGUAUCGACCAGCUUUGCUUUCCAACAUAAUUAACUUCAAAUACUCCUAAUGUGGGCCUCACGCUUUUCUAGAUACCAUUUUUAUGAAUUUACAAUACUAUUUUACUAAAUGUCGAUACGUUUUUCCAAACAUAACAUA